AUGCCACCUAAAAGAGGUGAUUCCCUGGGCGGCAUCCUCAUCUUCGGCACGCUCUACGCUGUCGCUGCGACAGGCAUCGCAAGCCUAUUUCCUCAAAAUGAUGAUAAGAAAGAUGCUAAGGAAGAGACCAAACAAGAUGAGAAAUCUUGGCUACAAAGAAAUACCCGAGUUAAGGAACGGGGCUAUUAUAUCCGCCAGGCUCUAGAGGAAUUCAAGGACAACGAGAACACUGAACCAAGAAAACUAAGAAAAGCAGAAUCUCCCCCAUUAACUGAGCAAGAUCGCUUGCAAGGAGAGAGCUUGUUGAAGCGCUCAGGUAAUUGA